AUGAUCUACCUAGGUACAAUUCAAAGACAAAAGCUCAUACCAUAUACAGUGGCCAAAGGUGUCGGGGUCGGAUACCAUAUAACGAGCUUGUCUCAGACCUCUGGAACUUUUGAAUCCUUGAAAAAGUGCAUCUUCGCCCUCCAAAUCCUAGACUACCCCCUCAGCGUGGUACCUGCCAAAAUAGCUCUGCUGAUAUUCUACGCACGCAUCUUCACGAUUCGCAAAUUCCGAAUCGCAGCCUACGUGGUAGGAUUAUUGGUGCUUGCAUAUGGCCUAGCCGCCCUCUUCGGAUUCUUCUUCCAAUGCCGGCCUUUGGAGUAUAUCUGGGAUAGGACAAUCCCCGGUGGCAAAUGCGUUUGGAGACUGCAGGUCUACCGAAUCCUAUCGCCGAUCAACUGUAUCACAGGGAUCUUGAUUAUCAUCCUGCCUAUUCCGACAGUUUGGAAACUGCAUGCGCCCAGAGGGCAGAAGUUGGCACUGACAGGCGUUUUCCUGUUAGGUGGAGUAGGAACUGUGGCCAGCAUCCUGACCAUGGUGAUUUUUUUCAGCUUGGGAACAGUGGCUAUGGAUGAGCCUAAAUGUAAGAAAUACCUUGUGCAUUCUACAAUGCUACGACCACUGACACUGUGCAAAGUGGGAUUCUCCGUCGAACUAGGCAUUCUGGUAAUCCUCGAGAGCGGCAUCAUCAUUGUUGCGGCUUGUCUCGUGAGCAUUUGGCCUUUAUUCACCAGGUUGAUACCUCGGCGUCUCCAUGCCUCGUUCUCUCGCACGCCGCGAGAGGAGCACCGGACUUGGUACCUCAGGGAUACGAGUGCAAAUACCAAAAGCACUGAGCGAAAUGAGCGUCAUAAGGAAGUUCAUUUGAUCAGAGAGGAGCCUUGGAAUGGCUCUCCGUCUUCCCCUUGCUCGUUGGCGGACUUGGAGGAUCAAAGGUUGUCUAUCCUUAAUGACACAACCAUUGAAACUUGUAUGAGCGACGGGAAGCAGUGUUCUAUCAAGAGUACUGUAUAA